AUGCGUUUUCUAGUGAUAGGUGGCAGUGGCCGCACAGGCCAGUUGACAAUUGCUGAGUUACUUCGUCGAGGACAUAAAGUGACAGCGUUGGUCCGGAAACCGUCCUCUAUGGAAGAUAAAACCGGCCUGAAACUCGUGCAAGGAACACCUACUAAGAUAGAUGAUGUGAGGGUGGCAUUCCAAUUCGACGUGCCAGAUGGGGUGAUUGUAACUCUCAGCGCUCCUCGGGCCUCCGAUAGCCCGUUUGCAGCCCCGACUUCACCCCCACGCCUCAUGGCAGAUUGCAACGCCAAUGUUGUGGCGGUCAUGAAGGAGUACGGGGUGAAAAAGGUGGUCAUCUUACAAGCGUUCGGGGUGGGGGAGUCGUGGAAAAAUAUGAAUUGUGCUCUGCAGUUGUUGAUGAAGAAGUCCAAUAUGAUCUACCAGUAUGACGACCACAACCUUACGGACCGUGAAGUCCGAGCUAGCGGCGUCGACUUCGUUCUAGUCCGUCCCUCACGACUGGUGGACACUGACGUUCAGGAAGUGAAACUAUGGCCACAUGAUGGUAAAGGCGUUCCGAUGAUGGCCAGCACGAGCCGUGUGAGUGUUGCUCGCUGGCUCGUCGAUGCUGCUGAGAGAAAUAAGUGGGAUAAUACUGCCCCGGUGAUCACAAACUAG